AUGCAAAGGAUAUUCGCCGUCGCUACGUUGAAAAGCAUAGAUUCAGAAAGCUCAAAUCUAGAAUCUCGUGUACUCACUGAAGUCGAAGAAUUUAUAACACAAGCAGAAAAAUUUGGAGGCCAGUCUUUCAAGAUUAAUGAUUUGGUAAAUAUAUACCAUUACAACAUCGUCUCAUCUCUCAUAUUUGGGAAGAGAUUCAAACAUGGAGAUGCCACACUGAAACGCCUUAUAGAGUUGAUAAGCGAGGCAAUUACUAACACUGCUCACCAAGCGCCUACCUCUGUCCUUCCAUGUCUGAGAUUUCUUCCGGGGGAUAAGUUUAAAGUUAAACGCCACUGGCAUGUCGUGGACGGAAUUCUAGACAUUAUGCAGAAGGCCGUGGAUGAACACAAGAAAAUUCCAGAGGAACCGAAUUCUACCGACAUUAUUUACAGUUUCUUUAAGGAACAAGAACGGAGAAAGCAAAACAAUGAAGAUCUAGUCGGCUUCACUGACCGUGAUUUACUAAUAAUGGGAUACGGUCUUUUGUUUGGUGGACUCGGCGCUCCUCAUACACUCCAAUGGUCAGUUUUAUAUCUGAUGCACUAUCCUGAAGUCGUCUCUCGCAUGCAGAAAGAAAUUGAAGAAAAUAUAGAAAACGAUCGCUUCCCUAAUAUGGAAAAUAAGCCACGCCUCCCUUUCUGUCAGGGAGGGAGGGAGAAAAUUUAUUGGUAG